CGGGGCGGGAGCGGCGCGGGGCGAUGCGCGGGGGCGCGGCGGCGGCCGGGCCGUGCGGGCACCGCCGGCUUUAGGGAGGACAGCUCCCCUCAGCGCCGCCAUGAGCGGCCCGAGCUCCCCUCCGCCCGGGGAGAGCCCCUCCGGGCAGCCCCUGCGGCUGGACCUGCUGCGCUGCCCCUGCUGCCGCCUGCUCCUCUGGGAGCCGGUGACCGCGUCCUGCGGUCACUCCUUCUGCAAGCCGUGCCUCGGCGGGGCCGGCCCGUCCCGCUGCCCGCUGUGCCAGGAGCGGCUGGAGCUGCCGGGCAUCGGGGCGGCGAGGUGCAGCGUGGUGCUGUGCGGGAUCCUGGAGCGAUGCGUGCCCCGGGAGCGGCGCCUGGCCGGGCUGGCGGAGCGCGUCCGCCACCGCCUCGCCCGCGGGGACGCGCGGGACGCGCUGAGGAUGGCGCAGAGAGGGGUCGAGCUGGCCCUGGAGUGCAGCUCCCUGCGGCUGUGCCGGGCAGAGGCCCUGCUGGCCCUGGGGCAGCUCCCACAGGCUCUGGAGGACCUGGAUGCUGUGUGCAGGGCUGAGCCUGGGCACCACGAGGCCUUCUUCAGGAAAGGGAAGGUGCUCCUGGAGAUGGGGCAGAGAGCCGAAGCCCUGCAGGCGUGGGAGCACUGCCUGACACUCAGUCCCCAUUGCCAGCUGGCUCGGAGAGAGAUGGAGAAGGUCAUCAUGGAAGCUGAUGCUCCUCAGCCAUGCACGGCUGCACACCUGGGUGAUGCUCACCUGAGCUCAGCUGGUUCCCAGGUCAAUGGAGGGAGCCCAGUCCUCCCAUCUUCCACACAAACUCAGGAUCAGGAGGGAGAGCUGGCAGAGGGCCGAGGGGGUGCUGGGUGUGAGCAGAGCCAGGACAGAGCCACCCUUCCCCAGCCAGAACCGGCGACGGCGACAGAGAGUCAGGGCCAGGGCCUGCUGGAUAACAAGGAGGAAACAGCAAACUGUACCCAGCCAUGCCUUGGGGAGUCACUGAGCAUUUCUGACUUGGAGUGCUCCCUCUGCAUACGGAUGUUCUUCGAGCCGGUGACAACGCCCUGUGGUCACACCUUCUGCAAGGAGUGCCUGGAACGCUGCCUGGACCACAGGCCCAACUGCCCCCUCUGCAAACAGAGCCUGAGAGAGUACCUGAAGGCUGGGAGGUACAGCCCCACAGUGCUGCUGCAGGACAUCAUGCUGGCCACCUUCCCCACACAGCUGGCUGAGCGCCGGGAGCUGCACCGGGCAGAGAUGGCAGAGCUCUCCAACUUGACCAAGAACAUCCCCAUCUUUGUGUGCACGAUGUCCUUCCCUGGCAUCUCCUGCCCUCUGCACGUCUUCGAGCCUCGGUACCGCCUGAUGAUCCGGCGGUGCCAGGAGAGCGGCACCAGGAGGUUUGGCAUGUGCAUCUAUGAGAAUGGGAAAAGCUUUGCUGACUAUGGCUGCAUGCUGGAGAUCCGUCAGGUGGAGCUGCUGGCUGACGGGAGGUCCUUGGUGGACACCAUCGGCCGGCAGCGGUUCCGCGUGCUGAGCCGCGGCCACAGGGACGGCUACCACACCGCCGACAUCGAGUUCCUGGAGGACAGGAAGGUGUCUGGGGAGGAGCUGCAGGAGCUGCAGUGCCUGCACGAGAGCACCUAUCGGCUGGCGCAGCGGUUCUGUGAGCAUGGGGACCUCACCUCCAGGCACUUCCUGAUGCAGCAUGGACCACUGCCAGAGAAGGAGGAGGACAUCCAGGCUUCAGCAGACGGCCCGACGUGGUGCUGGUGGCUGAUCUCCAUCCUGCCCCUGGACCCGUCCUACCAGCUGAGCCUGUUCUCCUGCACGUCGCUGCGGGCGCGGCUGUCGCAGCUGCAGCGCAUCCUGACGGCGCUGCUGCAGCAGCCCCCGCCCCGGCCCCUGCUGCCCGAGCGCAGCCCCCGCCGCCUCUGAGCGCCCCGCCCUCCCCGCACCCACCUCCACCCUCGGCUUUCUCUCUCUGUGUGGUUUGAGUGCGGUUUGAGCCCUCCUUUCCACGCUCCAAAAAGUGACCUCAGCGAUGGGCUGGGUGCUGUGCCCAGCUGGCAGUGACACUGUGCCGUCCGUGCCACCUCUGGAGCUGCUGUGCUGUGCCACCCGAGCUGGGCUGUGAAUCCAAAGCCAAAAUCAAUGGCUGAGUGGCCUCUGCACUGAGGAGGAUUCUCCUUAGGGGGAGGACUGAGUGCUGGGAUUGCCGCAGUUUGGGUUCUUCCACUCCGAAGGACAGUUUAGGUUCUUCCAUUUUGAAGGACAGCUUAGGAUCAUUUGGUAGAUUAUCCCAAUUCACACAGGAAAUUUAGAGCCUGGGGAGAGGUGGCACUGGGGAAGCAGAGAAGUUCCAAAGGCUUCCCUUGGAGGAUGCUGAUGGCUCUGCCGCUGCUUACAGCUUUGUGUUUGAACAAGAAGAAAGGUUAAAUUAAACAAUCUCAAUCUCCCACCUCCACGGCCACAUGGUGAGGAGGUGGUUGUAUUUGAAUGCUCUCAGGUCCAGACCCCCCCUUCCCACUGCUCUGCUCGAUGCUGUGCUGUUUGCUGGCCAGACCUGGACACUGCCAGCCAUUCCCCUCCCUGCCAGCUCCAGUGCUGUGAAAUGCCGUGGGAAGGGGAAUUCUGUCAGCUUUGGUGCUUUUCCCCUACCCCAAAACUGCUGUUCCCAACCCUGGCUGGGUUCAGGUUACAGGGUUGGACCUGGGAGGAGUUCAUAGCACAAGGGAGUUAAGUCUGGAAGUUCUGUUGUGAGACUUUCUGUUCCUUGACCAAUGCGAUUUCCCCCUGUUCUGUGUUUGUUGUGAACUUUCUGCUUCCUCAGGAGAAAAUCAGGAUCUCAGCCGAGGCUGGACCCUUGCACUUGGGACUCAGAAUAGUUCAGGAUCCCCCAAAGGAGCACAGUGAAGUCAAAGGGAUCCAAAUAUCUGGAUUGGAGGGAUGGGGCAGGAUCAGUGACCCAGGCCAGGAGCCACAUGUCAGGGAGCGAGUGCUUGGCUGCUGCUUGUCUCUAGACACAGGGCAAACACUCUCUGGACAGACCAGGCCUCCAUGGAAAUCCUGAAGAUUUGGGAUUUUUGUCUUUGAUCCAUAAUUUCUGUGGCUUUGGGUUCAAUUGCAGGAGUGACAUCCACCUGGUUGUUGGAUUGCUCCUGGAAUUUUAUCCCUGCACUUCUCAAAGGCACCACACCCCCUCAGAGAGCUGUUGGAUGUGUGUGGGAGAGAAAAUGAGGGCCCUGCUCCUCACUGCAGGUGUUUGUGGGCUGAGCCUGGCUGGGACACUGGCUCCAGAGCGCUCCCUGCUCAGGGCCACCACCUUCCCCUGUCCUGUCUCCAGGAGUGGGCAGUCCCUGUCCCCCUGUCCAUCCAAGUGCCUCCCUGGAGUGACAGUCAGGAGCAGGGCUGGCUCCCCAGGAUCCCCUGUGAGCACAGGGCAGCUGAGGACAGCCCAGAGCUGGAUUUGCUCCUCACCUUUGAGCCACAGUGCUGGCCCAGGAGCACCAGGACUCCCAAGGAGCCAUUUCCCUGGCAUGUCAGCUUGGCAGGGCUGGGGCAGGGGAGGAAGGGAUGCUUUGCACUCCCAGGGCAGGUGGCAGGGUGACACUGAAUUCAGGAAGUGCCUUUCUUUCCCCCAGGGGCAAUGUGUGACAUCCCCAGCCCAAGGCACUCACCUGCCCCCUGAGCUGCUGCUUCCCCAGGGCUGGGGGUCCCCGUGGGUCCCUCCAGCAAGGGGGGGAUGUAGGAGAUCCCCUGUCACCCUGGGGAGGGCCCAGAGCCACCUCUGCCUGGCUGCUUUGGGAAGGGAUCCCUGCAAAUUGCUCCAGUUUGCUUGGAGCACCUUUGUGGUUUUUAUGACUGUCUUUGCUCUUGGAGUUACGUUUUCUUUCAGGUCGUUGAAAUAAAGACCUUUUGUUGUUGUU